CUGAAUACCAGCUUGGGAGCUCCCCACUGCCUGCUGCCACCUCCAACCCCAGCCCCCCAUCACUAUGCACUCCUUGGACGAGCCGCUUGACCUGAAGCUGAGCAUCACCAAGCUCCGGGCGGCGAGAGAAAAGCGGGAGAGGACGCUGAGUGUGGUCCGUCACCGAGCUCUGCACAGGGAACUUGGCCUGGUGGAUGAUAGCCCCACCCCUUGCUCCCCGGGCUCCCCACCCUCAGGCUUCCUACUAAACCCCAAGUUCCCUGAGAAGGUGGAGGGACGCUUUUCAGCAGCCCCCCUGGUAGACCUCAGCUUGUCGCCGUCAUCAGGACUGGACUCCCCCAAUGGCAGCAGUUCGCUGUCCCCUGAGCGCCAGGGCAACGGUGACCUGUCCACAGUCCCCACCGCCCCGGAUUUUCAGCCGCUGCGCUAUCUGGACAGUGUCCCCAGCUCCUUCCAGUUCUUCUUGCCUCUGGGCUCUGGGGGAGCCCUGCAUCUGCCUGCUUCUUCCUUCCUCACCCCCCCCAAGGACAAGUGCCUCUCGCCAGAGCUACCCCUGCCCAAACAACUGGUUUGUCGCUGGGCCAAGUGUAACCAGCUCUUCGAGCUCCUGCAAGAUUUGGUGGAUCACGUCAACGACUACCAUGUCAAGCCAGAGAAGGAUGCGGGGUAUUGCUGCCACUGGGAAGGCUGCGCCCGUCACGGUCGAGGUUUCAAUGCCAGGUACAAGAUGCUCAUCCACAUCCGCACACACACCAAUGAGAAGCCACACCGCUGUCCCACCUGUAGCAAGAGCUUCUCCCGCCUGGAGAACCUGAAGAUCCACAACCGGUCACACACAGGUGAGAAGCCCUACGUCUGUCCAUAUGAGGGCUGCAACAAGCGUUACUCCAACUCAAGUGACCGAUUCAAGCACACUCGAACCCACUACGUGGACAAGCCCUACUACUGCAAGAUGCCCGGCUGCCACAAACGCUAUACAGACCCUAGCUCACUGCGCAAACACAUCAAGGCCCACGGCCAUUUUGUAUCCCACGAGCAGCAGGAGCUCCUACAACUGCGCCCACCCCCUAAACCACCACUGCCUGCCCCUGACGGCAGCCCCUAUGUCAGUGGGGCCCAGAUCAUCAUCCCCAAUCCAGCUGCCCUCUUUGGAGGCCCUGGCCUGCCUGGCCUGCCCCUGCCCCUGGCCCCCAGCCCUCUUGACCUCAGUGCCCUGGCCUGUGGCAAUGGUGGGGGUGGUGGGAGUGGAGCAGGCAUGGGCCAUGGACUGCCAGGCCCUGUCCUACCCCUCAAUCUAGCUAAGAACCCACUACUGCCCUCACCCUUCGGGGCUGGUGGACUGGGCCUGCCUGUGGUCUCUCUCCUGGCUGGCUCCACAGGUGGCAAGGCUGAGGGGGAGAAGGGGCGUGGGGCAGUGCCAGCCAGGGCCCUGGGCCUGGAGGGCCGAAAGACCCCCCUGGAGAGGACUGAGAGUAGCCGUUCCCGGCCCAGCCCUGAAGGACUCCCCAUGCUGCCGGGCACGGUGCUGGACCUGUCCACAGGUGUCAGUUCGGCAGCCAGCAGCCCAGAGGCCCUGGCCCCUGGCUGGGUGGUCAUCCCGCCGGGUUCUGUGCUGCUCAAACCAGCUGUGGUGAACUGAACUCGCCCCAGGGACAGCCACCCCGAAGCUCCAGGCCCUGCCCCGACGAACGGAAACUCUUCUGCGAAAUAGCAAUAAUGUCCUCCUGCCCCCAGGGCUGUGUCCCCCGGCAGCCCCAGAUAAGCUGGGUGGUAAGGAUGGUGCUAGGUCAUUGCUGGUGUCUCAGGAUCCCAAGGGAGGAACUGCCUGGUGGCCAGAGACCUGAGCUCCUGAGUGCUGAGGCCUUGCUCACCUCUGGCCCUCA